AUGCACUGCGGUGAUAACUGGUGGUGGGGCGGGUUUGGGCUCAGCAGGGGUUGGAUUUGUUUCGGUUCGGAGCAGGAACAGGAACUGUUCCAGUAUCCCACGACUACGGCGGUAUUGUGCAGUGGGGAAGGGGCCCCGGCAGGGCAAAGUCCGGCGUGUCGGCAGGCGGAGCGGGGGCCGCGCUCCGUCCCUGUGCCUGGGAGCCCUCAGGGAGGGCAGGAAGCGGCGGCGGGCGGCCCCAGCCCUUCCGGGUCGCGGGCGGCGCCGACCGAGCGGCGGCGGAGCCGGGGCGGCCGCGGCCGCAGCGCGGAUAUGGAUAACAGGAAGGAUGAAAAAAGUAAGACGCUGUGUGCAACAUCAGAAGAAGGGCUGAAGGCCCGAGGAAAAGAAAAAAGGAAACGAAAGCGCAGCAGAAGCAGAUCCUCAUCUGUUUCAUCCACAUCGUCUUCGAGCAGUACAUCCACUUCUUCUUCCUCAUCACGCUCAUCAUCAAGGUCAUCUUCUUCCAGUAGUAGUAGAGAUUCUCCUAAAUCUAAGUCAAAGAAAAAGAAAAAGGAAAAACAUAAUAAAAAGAAAAGGAAAAAGGAGAACAAAAUGAAGAAAAAGAAGGAAAAAAAGAAAAGGAAAGAGAAAACAGGACCUGUCCAGCUUUCGAAGUUCUUCAAAAACAAAAAGAAGAAUGAAAACUACAGCAUGAUAACUGGAAAGAAAAUUAAGAUGAAAAUAAAAAAGACUAAGGAAGAUAUAGAGAGAGACCGGAACCGUGCCCAGCUCCUGGAAUUUCUGAACUCUGCCUUGUAACGGGAAGAGUCCUCACCAAGGACUGGUAGAUGUACCAAGCCAACAAUCAUCCUAGCAGAACACUAAAGAGAAACUCAGGGAAAAGGACACCAAGUUGGACAAGACCAGACCCUCCUACUGAGAAGAAAAUUGGGAUGUCCUUUCUUAAUGGCAAAACACAGAGUAGCUAAUAACUUGUUAAUGGAGAUCCAUGUCCUCCUGUUGAGAUCCUAAGGUAAUAACCAAGUUGUGGUGUUUCAGAAAAGCCUAAGUGUGUGUUGUUCACAGUGAUAAAAAAUGACACACUGAAGUCCAGCAAUGUAAUUUCUAUCUUAACUGCAUGCAGAAUGCACUCUUCAUUUCAAAUGUCUUAAUUUUUCUAGUAGUUUAAGCAGAGUAUUUGUAAAUGUUUAUUUGAAAGAUGAGGUGUUUCUUUUAUGUAUAUUUUUUCUGGUAGUGGUUAUGCAUAUCAUAAAGAGUAAACUGACCUUUGUAAAUAGAACAUCCUUUUACAUAAAUUAUUUUUUUUUAAAGUUCAUUCACUAAUAUGUUAUUUUCUUUCAGAAUUUGAGAUGUGACGUUUCUCUGGACAGUUUAUUGCUCUCUCUCAUUAGAAAGUGUAACAGCAAAAUACUCUAGAGCAGUAAUGGUAGCAAAUUAUUUUUAUCCUAAAAUAGAAGCAGGAAAGGAC